AGUUGUUUCCCAAAACUCGUAAGCUAAACUGAAUGUGAGGACAGAAUAGUAAAACUACUGUUGCAAAGCAAUGUCUUCGUAUCAGUACAUUCGACAUUUUGUCAACGAGCGACUAGCUGCGGCUGCGGAAGAGAUUGCUGGAGUCUUUAUAAAUACUAUCGUCGAGUAUGAAGAGGAGAUCGGACGUCAGCGUAGGCUUCUGGCUGACGUUCGGAAACCUCGAAUAAAGCUGCACAUUAGAGAGCACCAAGAGCAAGAUGUCAACAAGCAACAGGAAGUUUUUGCUGGAUCCUCCUGGUGCAGUGAGGACCAAGAAAACACAGAACCUCGUGAAAUUAAAGAGGAGCCCUGCACCAGUCGGGAUGGAGAGGAUUUGGAAAUGAAACAGGAGCGGGAUAACAUCAGACUAAUUUCGGUUUGUCAGGAAAGUUACAACAGAGACAAUCAUGCUCUGGACUCAAGUGAAUGUCAGAAUCACUUCGAAGAAUGGGACUGUGACAACAACGCCGUUUUGCACAGCACUGAUGUAGAUAAGCGUCAACAUGUCAAAACAGCUGAGCAUGGUGAUUUGGGAUCGAAGACAUUUGCAGAGGCAGAAAUAAAGCAAAGAUUUGACAAAACCAACAGUCACGACUUCCAACAGCAAGAUGUUCACAAGCAACAGGAGGUUCUCAAUCGGUCGUUCUGGUCCGACCUGGACCAAGAGGUGUCAGAACCUACUCAGAUAAAAGAAGAACCUUGCACCAGUCAGGAGGGAGAGGGGAUGGAUAUAAAGCACAGACUGGAUACCUCUAUGUAUUUUCCUGUUUGUCAGGGAAGUUCACAUAAAGAGGAUGGGAUUUUGGACGCAAUGACGACAAAUACAGAGCCAACUCUAAAGCAUGGCCUUGACAUUGUCAGCAGUCGCAGUCAAUAUGCACACACAAGAAUCCACAAAGGGGAGAAACGGUGUAUUUGCAGCCUGUGCGGGAAACGAUUUUACAAUAAAACAACACUGAAACUACAUAUAAUGAGCCACACAGGUGAGAAACCGUAUGCUUGCGACAUCUGCGGGAAUCGAUUUACUGUAAUUGCCAUGUUGAACCGGCACAUGAAGAUCCACACAGGUGAUAAACCGUACCCCUGUGGCCACUGCGAAAAGAGAUUUAGUGACAAAACGGCACUGAGGGUACACAUGAGGACUCACACGGGUGAGAAGCCUUACCCUUGCGACAUGUGCGAGAAAAGACUUAGCAGCGCCACGGCCCUCAAAGUUCACAUGAGGACUCACACAGGAGAGAAACCGUUCUGCUGCAACACCUGCGGGGGCACUUUCCGAGCCAAGACGGCGCUGAAAAGCCACAUGAGGAUUCACACUGGCGAUAAACCGUACACCUGUGACUUCUGCGACAAAAGACUGAGCAGCACGACAGCGCUGAAGGUUCACUUGAGGACUCACACAGGCGAGAAACCGUACCCUUGCGGCAUGUGCGAGAAACGACUGAGUAGCACCACGGCACUUAAAAUUCACAUGAGGACUCACACGGGGGAGAAACCGUUCUCAUGCAACAUUUGCGGGAGUCGAUUUAGAGCAAAGGCGACAUUAAAAAUACAUAUGAGGAUCCAUGGGUGAAGCCAUGCCCCCUGUGACUGAUGUGAUACCAACACAGAUAAAUCACUACAGUGGAAACUCAAAACUCUAUUCCCAAAACGCUUGUCCUCCGAUUUGUCAUCCAGGUCAUGGUAAUCUGCAAAGGUCUCAUCGAGGGAACUGGAACUGAAGAAGCAUCCAUCCAUCCAUCCAUCCAUAAUAGGGUCACGGGCGUGCUGGAGCCUAUUGCAGCUAUCUUCGGGCGAGAGGCGAGGUACACCCUGAACUGGUCACCAGCCAAUCGCAGGGCACAUAUAAACAAACAGUCGUCCACCGUGCCACCUUUUCGAUCAUUAAAGUUGAAAUGUCUUCAACAUACAAGAAGAAUCCAGCAGCCUGUAUUCAAACCUUGUGUAAUGGGAACACAAUAUUCUGUUUCAGGGUCAAACUGUUACCAUUAUUAAACUUUUAUCAUCUGCAUAAGGAUUGUUUUAAGCAACAUUUUAACAUUAUUAAAUGUCAUCAUAAAAGUGUCAAAAUAAACCACCGGCAAAUACUAAAAUUAACAACACUCAGUCAAUGAUUGCUUUAAGUUCGAUACCGAUUCGACCGUUCUUAACACUUGACUUUGAGGCAUUUUAGUGUAGUUAGCAUGUUCUUCCCAUGCCUGCUGUGGGUUUUCUCUGGGUGAUCUGCCACCCCCCCAAGUACCCUUCCCCUAAUUUUUGUAUGGUCAGUUUACACUUUGUUCCCUUGAACAACCUACUGACAAUAAGAUCUGUAUUUGGUCCCUGGGCCUGCCACAGUAGCUGCCCUCUUGUCCUCAGGGAUUUCUGAAAUGCA